AGUGAAAACAAGUUCCAUGCGUGGGUUGAAUUGAUUUUUUAUUCGUUUUUAUAAUUUUGUUUCGAGGGCGAAGACGACGAUGACGACAACCAAGAACUUGAAUGUUCCAGCUGCUUGAAUGGAUUGGACGACGAAGAAUACAUAUCGGCGUUGGGUCAAGAAUGGCACGCUGAAUGUUUCCGUUGCUCAGCCUGUGAUGCACAAUUAUCGAGUUGGUAUUUCGAAAAAGAUGGUCUGCUGUUCUGCAAAAACGAUUAUUGGACCAAAUUCGGUGAAUCGUGUCAACAAUGCAGUGAAAUCAUUACCGGUCCAGUUAUGGUAGCUGGUGAUCACAAUUUCCAUCCGGAAUGUUUUUGUUGCAAACUUUGCAACAGUUUUAUUGGAGAUGGUGAUUCUUAUGCGCUGGUCGAAAGGUCAAAGCUCUAUUGUGGACAGUGUUAUCGCAAGCAAAUGCAACCGUUGUCUACAAAUUUAACGACACAAAAAGUGACUCCACAUUCCAUUCGUCUGGUGGAAAUUCCAUGGACGAAAGGAAAUCGAAUUGGCAUACGCUUAGCUAUUGAUGAGAAUCAGAAAGGUGUGCCGAUUAGUAAUGCUGGAUCGGGUUGUCGGAGUGGUGUACGAAUAUCCGAUACAUUUUGUCAGUACUAUGGAAAAGUAGGAAAAUAUGUGUUCGCCAUUAUUUCGACAGCAUUUGAUGUCUGUUGUGGAAGUAAAAGACUCGACGUCAGCAGCGAUCUUAUGUCUUUGCAUAUUGGCGACAAAAUUCUGGAAGUAAAUGGCCAACAAGUGACUGGAACGAGCAUCGAAAACAUCGACAAAUUGAUGCAAAGUAGCGACAGAGUUCUUCAACUUACCAUAGAACAUGAUCCACAUAGGAUGACCAAAAGUGCAUCGAGCAUUGAAUACGCAAUGCAACCGUUGUCUCAGUCGCCACUGCAAGCCAUCGACGUAAAUAAGGCUAGCGAAAAGUCUAGUGGAGCCCGACAACAAAAACCAAGCGAAAAAGAGAGACUGUUCACACGGAAUAAAGACGAAACGUACGUUUCCGGUACAAAAACGAAGCAGCUUCGGAAGAACAAACAUUUCAAUUGUGCGGUCAGUUCAAACAGUUUGAAGGAGAAGGAGCGGUGUUCAAGCAUGUCUAAAUUGUUGGAUGAAAAUCAUCCACCCCAUCCCGAGCUGUACGAUCUGAGUCGAACGAAAUCAUUUCGCGUGGAACCGAAACCCCAGCGAAUAUUCCGUGCAAAUGAUUUGGUGCAGGGCGAGCUGUUGGGAAAAGGAUUUUUCGGGCAAGUGUUCAAAGUUACGCAUCGCGUUACGAAAGAGGUCAUGGUCUUAAAGGAGCUGUAUCGUGUCGACGAAGAAGCUCAGCGAAAUUUUCUCAAAGAAGUGGCCGUACUACGAUCACUUUCGCAUAACAACGUUCUGAAGUUUAUCGGCGUGUUGUACAGAGAGAAAAAGCUUCAUCUGGUGACCGAAUUCAUACCGGGUGGAUCACUCAAAGAGUUAAUUCACGAUUCCGAUGUGCCAUUGCCGUGGGAACAGAGGAUUUCGUUUGCCAAAGAUAUUGCGUGCGGCAUGUCAUAUUUGCAUUCCAUGUGUAUCAUACACAGAGAUUUGAAUUCGCUGAACUGUUUGGUGCGUGAAGAUAAGACAGUUAUUGUUGCCGAUUUCGGGCUGGCCCGAAUAAUCAAUUCACCCAGCAAUUGUAGUGGGCGUUGGUCGCAGGAUGGUACGAUUGGAAGGAAAAUACGUCAGAGACGUCAACGGUAUACUGUAGUGGGGAAUCCGUAUUGGAUGGCACCGGAAAUGAUGAAGGGAAACAAAUACAAUGAAAAGGUCGAUGUAUUUUCAUUUGGAAUCGUUCUGUGUGAGAUAAUUGGCCGUGUUCAAGCCGAUCCAGAUUACUUGCCACGUACGUCCGACUUUGGCCUUAACCAAAAAGUCUUCAAAGAAAAAUUCUGUCCGCAAUGUCCGCCUCCAUUCUACAAAAUUGCGUUUUUGUGUUGCGACUUAAAUCCAGAUAAACGUCCGCCAUUUGAAGUAUUGGAAGUGUGGCUCGAAAGUCUAGCUAUACAUACUUCGGUUGGUCAUCGCCUGCCCACCGAUUUGAUAUUCGACAUCGAUCAUUACAAAGGUUCAGCUAGUCGUGAAUCGAGUCUUAGCUCAACGCCAGACGGCACACCACCGGCAUGUAAAACACCACGACUUCGAACGCCUGAUGGCCUUAAAUCACCCAUAAAUCAUGAGACUAAUUCUAGUUUAGGUUUAAAAAUCGAUAAGACAGAUAGUGAAUUAGACAGUAAGUGUGACAAUAGCAGUAAAUCGAAUGCUCAAUCGGAUAGAACUGAUGGUGAACAGAACAGUAUUGCAAAAAGUAACGAAAACAUUCCAAUGACGGCCUGUGCAUCAUCACCGGCUGCUAGUAACGAUGCUAAGAAAACGCUGAUGGACAUACCAAAAUCACCACACUUAAGCAAGGACUUCUCACCGAAUGGUGAUCGGAUAAGGGAUAGCGUACGAGCCCGCAGACAACAACGCAUGCAACAGAAUCGUGAGAGUCUGCGAAAAUUGUCAGAUUGCCGGAAAACUGAAGACAAUUCCAAAACUGCCAAAGAAUCGGUCAGUCUAAGUGACAUUCAAGUCAGUAACGGAGAAGUUGGUGACAAGGAAAAAGGUAAGAUAGACAACAGUGGUUGUGACGGUCAAAGGAAAAAAACGCGACCGUAUGGAGAGAAGGGAUUCAUUAUCAAUGUUAAUGAAGGACUGUUAACGCUGAACAAUGUGAAGGACUUGGAAAAUUGCUCUGACUUCGAUUCGAGCUGUGACACCAGCCUGAAUUAUAUUGAGUUAAAUAAUGCUCCCAUCGACGGUGGUAACAUUACUUUGAAUGAUAAACAGUUGAUAGACAGUUUAAAGACGAUACCCAGUUCUAAAGAGAAUCCGUCAAAAUUAAAUCCUUCGCCGAAAAUAGAAAUAGAAAGUGACGUAACCGAACCGAUCUUGCCUGAGAGUUCACCGUCCCUCGUCUCAAAUGGUGUCGUCAGUAACAAAUCGUACAAAUCGGUUCUGGAGGACUUGAAAAUCAAAUUGAAUUUGUGCAAAAGCAAAUUAGAAACACUAGAAACUGCUGGCAGGGAGACCAUAUCCAGUUCACGAACGUCGAUGAAGAAUUAUUUUAAAAACACACCACUUGUGCAUGGCAGCACGCCUGUCAGUGAUGACCCGCCUCGACAAAACGGUGGCAUGUACAGUCGAUCCAGUCCAUUGUCGCUCGUAGCGAACCGUAAGUCGAUGUUCGAAGACGUGACCGAAAACGAGAAAGUAAAAAGUUCCAAAUCGCGGCUAUUUCGUAUCAACGACACUCCGAUAUUCGAACGACGAAAUGUUCGUGCAAUAUCGUCGCUGUUCCGACGUAGUGACUCGGAUGAGAAUAUUCCAUCCAAGGCAACAUACAAAUCGAAUGGCAAUGAAGCCACAGUCCAGAUCCAGCCGACGACAUUCAUAUUUAACAAACCGAAAAUUUCACCUACAUCAGACCUCAAACCUAAUCACAGUUUCGACACUAUCACAACAUCACAGCCAAACGAUGAUUGUCGCGCGAAGCGAGGAAAUUUUUUGCUAAAGAAAAUUACCAACAAACCAGAAGUGUUUCAAAGCAGAAGUCAACCGUCUUCAGCAAGUUCCAAGCCAAAAGAGUACAACGACCGACGUUCUUGGUCAGUUAAGACUAAUCCCGUAACGCACAUCGAAAAUCGUCGACAAUCGAAGCACUUGUAUCACAUUGAACCAUCGAUCAAUUCGAACAAACUAACGACCGGCAAAGUCAAUCUACUCUCCCCGGAACGAAUCCACAAACUGAAUGCCAAACUAACCGAAGCCAAAACAAAUCGAACGAGUCAACCGAUGCCUAAUAAUUUGGCUCACGGUAAUGGUUACUUGAGUCGUGUUAACAGUAAGCCGUCACCAGCUGCUCACAAUUACCAUUCAAAUGUGAUCGUACACAAAUUGUCCGACUCAACGGUUCGACGGAAUGUUAGUAAGUUUGAUAAAAGUAUGAAGGGCAGUGGACUGGAAUCGACACCGUUGUAGAUUGUGGGGAGACGUGUGUUUCGUCUGUUAUCGCCAGCAACGACAAAAAUAAGCGAUGACCUACAGUUUCUGUGGUCUUACUCAUAGUAAAAUGACGGGUUGAUCAAAUGAAGAAGUAGAUUCUGUGUUAAACACUGGCGAUAGAGGUAAGAGAUUUAAUGCCACGAUAUAAUUACAGUUUAUAGUAAGUUUUGAAGAUGUUGAUUUUGAUGUUGAUGAUAGAGAAGUAUGAUCGGCGUCAAAAUAACCGGUAAUUCGAUAUCUCUCCCUCUUCCAUAUAGUGCAAAUGAAUGUUCAAUUUCUCGCCUUACUUUAAAGGAGUAGGUUGAAUGAUUAAUUAAGAGAAGUAUUGCGCUUUGAUGUCCGUUCAAAUAAGUUUCGUAUUCGAAAUGCUCGAGUAAAUAUAAUUGACUCUGUGCAUGUAAAACAAAAUGUAACAAAAUUGUAUCAAAAAUGUAUUAAUUCAAAGAAAUCUAAAUGUAUUUUCGGUAAGAUUUUAAUCCGUUCAAUUAAAGUGCAAUGAAAAAUCGAACUCGAUGUUGCGUACCAGUUUGGAAGUAUCGAGCUUUUUAGAAGCAUCUCACCGAUCGAAGCGAAAAUCUCCAAGCCAUUAGAGUUCUGUUUUCGACGUAUGGUAGAUCAAUCUUCUGCGGAGAUUGAAGUUUUUGCGCAAAGAGUUUGAUCGCUCAUGUGUUGGAAACAGCAACACAGAAAAGUAGUUCGUACUGUAAAAAUUGCAUGUACGUACAUAGCUGAAGGGCGUAAAGUAUCGAUAGAUUUAUCAAUAAUAACUGUGUUGCCAUAUACAUAAUUACAUUAAAUGUCUCGAAUUAUUAUUAUUAUUAUAAGUGUACUGUAGAUGGUAGUUAAAUCGUGUAACCUAGCACCGACGGCUAUUCAUCCUUUAUUGACAAUAUUAUGCAAUAUACUCUGACUAAUUCGGUGUAACUUAAGGGUAUCAUGUCAAACGAUUCUGACACGAAAUUUAUAUGGCUGGUAUGUUGGCCGUCUGUGAAAGGUUAAACAGUAGAUGAAAACGCUCAUAAAAUGGUAGUACUAACUAAUCUGUGAUAAAGAAAGAAGUAAAACAAACAAAAAAAUAUUAAUGAAACGACACUAAAACUAUGGAAUAAUCUUAGACUUAAACGAAACGAAUUAAACAUUUUUAGUUUUCGGUUAGUGCAUAGUGUUCAAUCGUUCGAAGCGAUUUUUUUUUUAAUUUAACGAAGAGAAGGCGCAUUUGAGUUUUGCGCUUUGACACCUCGUGAUGGUGGAAUGAAAGUUUUGAGUUCGAUGAUGGGUUCCGGAGUUUCAGAUUUCAGUAUAAUCUCAAGACGUCUUCUCUUAAUAAAGAUCUUAUGUUUUUGGACUUUUCGAAUAUUUUUAUUUCAUUUUUUUUUGCAUCUUGAAGGUUGUUUGACUUCACAUAAUAUACAUUUCAUCAUUUGCAUUCCCUCCAGUCGUUAAAUGUUUUUCAUUUUUCAUCGCCGAAAAUUUGUGAUUUUCAACUUGAAUUUUGCAAGUGGUUUGAAAAAGCCCCCCGAUCAAAAACGUAAUGUUGACUAACUGACUUUUAAUUUUUAAGCGAAUUUUGAUAAUUUUUUAUUAAAAAUAAUUUUUAUUUUAGCAUUAGUUUUGAUGGUACAAGAAUACUAAACUAGAGGUUAAUUUCAACUAAAUUAUUUGUACAAAAAAGGCGUUUCCUUUGUGUUUUAAUGUGAAAAAUGUUCUAAUUUCUUAAGUUAAAAACUAUUAAAUUCCAUUGUUCCAACGUCUUGGUAAUACUAAUAAAAAUGCUCAUAGUUAACCAA